AUGGAAUCAGAGACGACCAUGCUACCGAGCCACAAAGACGAGACCAAGACGGAGUUCGAGAAGAAUCAGAAACGGUACCAAGACUUGAUCGCCACGUUUCCUCACGUGAAAGGAUGGUUUUCGAAAGCUCCGUUGAUCGAGUAUGGUGGUUACUGGUUCAUAAAGCCUGUCCUAGAAGGUUGCCUUCACGCGCAAGACUUUUUCCAAGCACGACCCAUUGGCAUCCUCAUUUGUACCUAUCCAAAGUCAGGUACCACUUGGCUCAAAGCUCUCACAUUCACCAUCGCCAAUCGAUCUCGCUUCGAAGACGACGAUUCUUUCAACCCUCUCCUAAAACACAACCCUCACCAGCUUGUUCCUUUUAUUGAGACAGAUUUCUCUUUGUUCCCUAAAGGUGAUGCCCUCAAAGAAAACACUUUGUUUUCGACUCAUAUGCCGCACGAUUUGUUACCCGAAUCGGUUGCAAAAUCGGGUUAUAAAAUUGUUUACAUAUGGAGAGAUCCAAAGGACACGUUCAUCUCCAAGUGGGCUUUCUUUGAAAAAUAA